AUGGGAAGGUGAGACAACAGGUAGGCGUCCUCGCGCUCGGAUCAGUCGGUGCCUUUCAAGCCAAGCCAGUAGUUCGACUCCGAGUGGAGCUGGUGAGAGAUUCCUCCUGGAAGUCAGACCUGAGGCAGAACUUCGCCCAGACUCUUCUCCUGUGAGUCCCUGACAGUUUUCUCGGAAGCAGAAGAGCUGUUUUUGGUGCGAGAGACGACCAUGUUUAGGUGGGAACCAGCACAGAGGUAGAAAGGGAGCUGCUUUGCUUUGAAAUGUUCUGUGAUUAAGUUUUAAUUGGAGGUCAAUUAUCGGAGGACGCCGCGCAUACCUGUGACCUCAGAGGCGUGGAUGUGGGCUUUCUCAUCUUGAAGCUGCCAUUUUGUCUCCACCUUGAAACUUAGUUUCUCCCGGGAUAAAGACCGUCACUGAGACUGAGUGGAUCCAAAGAGGUCGCAUACGCUGACCCAGAUCCUCUGCAGGAGGACAUGGACGUUCUGCGGAGGUCGUCUGUGUUUGCUGCGGAGGUCCUGGAUGUGUUUGACCGUUCUCUGACCGAGAAGGAGCUGGUGUCCCAGUCCAAAGCCUUGUGCAGAGACUACAUUUUGUCCAGACUCAACCAGAACGGGCUGGGAUGGUCCAAAUCUGAACUCAACCUCUCUCCCUCGAAUGCAGCACUCGCUGAAGUGUCUACAGUGCUCCUCUGUCUCGGCGACGAGCUGGAGGGUAUACAGCCCACUUUGUACAGGAACGUGGCGCGGCAGCUCAGCAUCUCUGUUGCCAUGGAGAACAUGGUUUCGGAUGCCUUUAUCGGUGUGGCGACGGAGAUCUUUGCAACAGGUAUAACAUGGGGUAAGGUGGUGGCCAUGUAUGCAGUAGCUGGGGCGCUGGCAGUGGACUGUGUCAGACAAGAACGUGCGACCAAUGUUCACAUCAUAGUGCAGAGUCUGGGACAGUUUGUGCGCAAGUACCUGGUUCCCUGGCUGAAGAGACGGGGAGGAUGGGUGGACAUCACAAAGUGCGUGGUGAAGAAAGAUCUCACGCCUGAACAGCACUGGCUGUCCUCCAUCAUCGAGUCCCUGAAGUACUUCCUUUCUACAGUGUAUGUCUACAUCAUGAAGGAACCAUGAACUGCUGAGACCAAGCGAGUGCACGAGAGCCAUCUUGUGAUUGUUUCAAAGGAAAAGACUUUUCUAUGGGGAGCCAGAGUGGUGAUGGUGACUGUGCUUGACGGGGACGAGGCCUGCCAGCAGAUCUCGCUGUGUUGCUGAAGGGCCAUCAGGAAGUGUUUUAUUAGCAUCAGGUUUGCGUUUUCUCCGGGGGUCAGAUGAGCCUGUAGGUGAUUACCCUUCAUCCAAAGAGUUGUCACCAUGCUGUCUAAGAGCAUACAAGGCAAUGAAAUUACUCUCUGACUCCAACUGUAUAUUUUCACGCCACAUACAAUAGUACAGUAAACCAGGGCUUUUCCAGUGCUGUAUCUGUGGCCCCCCUUCAGACCUGGUAGCGACAUCGGUCCUGUGAGAUCUGUUUACAUACAAACGGCACAAAACACUUCACUCCUGGCCUUAAACUGCAUCUUGGAUGCGUCCUGUGUGACUCAUGAGAGAGUGGAUUUUUGCAUCACCCGUGUUUUAUAUUUAAAUACACAGUGAUGUCAUAAUUCUGACUGCACAAAGGUUUUCGUUGUCAGUGUGUGAUUCUGUAUCUGUGUGAGUGACAGGUAGAUGGGAAAAAUGAGGGAAGUAAAUCAGUGCUCUACUCACGCUGCUGUAAUUAUGAGAUUUUUAUCCUUUUGAAAAAACAAGUUAUGUGUUUAUCAGUGCUAAUAUUGCAGAGCUUACUACAAUUAAAUUACUGUAUGGACACUCUUUAGAUUGAAUGUGGCCCCAAAUCCACUUCUGAUUGUGGUUUAUAUGAUUAGAUGUGGGCGCGGAUUAGCUGCGUUCAGACCUGUACUUGGCACCGUCUGCAUGUGAUCGAAAUUCAGCAUUGAAUUGGGCUGAGUCAGAUGUUCUGACAUGUGAUGAUCAUUUGCAUCGUAAUGUUCAUCUGAAAGAGUGAUGGAAGCUGCGUUUGUGAUAAAUGAUGAAAGAAUGAAUGCUCAGCGGGCUGGGUCUCUAAAUUCUCCGAGUCAGGUGUCACAUGUUGAAGUAUAGGUGUCUCACUCAGAAGAGCAAUAUCAGGGGAUAUUAACUACUGACACUAAAUGGGUUUAAUCUUUGCAUUUGCAGAUGAGAAGUGUUUCCUUAAUCUGACCCAAAAUGCUAUGGUUGAUUAAACCUUUUUUGCACCAAUUUUAGACUAGAUUGAUCAGACAAUGUUGGGUUGUGCUCAUUUCUGACCAAAGAACUUAAGGACAGAGGAAUGGUGUGUAGUGACAGCACAGAUAUUGGUUUGUACUGAUUUCCUUUUAAAUCUGUAAAUAGCCUAUUUAUGAUUUUAUUUUUUUAUGCCGACUAUGACCACUGCAGUAUGAAAAGAGCUGAUGCCACAGCUCUUCAAGAGGAUUGUGUGAUUUGUACGUGAUGGUUGUUGCUUUCAAAUGUCUUUUUUUCAAAAAUCCACAAUAAAUUUAAAUCUUAACACA